GAUGUCACCAGUGCCAUUGUUAGCAGCUGUGCAAAUUUUUUCUCUGUGAUGUUACCCAGUUCCAGUCUUUUGAUUCUUGACUUCAUUCAGGCUGCUAAUGGCGUCGUUACCAGCCAGAACAUGGAGUUACCAAGAGAAGAAGCAGUAACUGUUAUUGGAUCGUUGUUGUGUUUUCCAAACAAUGUUGCGAAUAUGCCCCUUCAUCAGCCUGGACAUCAGACCAAUGAAUAUCAGCCAAAGAGUACAUGUAAAGACGUCAAGGAUAAACUUAUCAGCUCUUUAUUACGAGCGUCUAAGUUAGAUCCGUCAUGUUCUGCAAGAUGUAUCGCGCUUAAUGCCCUUGGUGUAUUCAUAGCUGAGGAGCUGAUUCAUUGCCAAGGACAUCCUAAAGUUCAUGAAUGCCUUUGUGUGCUCUUAGCUUCUAUAACUUUUCACAACAGAUCCGUUUGUCAGGUGGCUUGCGGUGUGAUCCAUCUGCUAUCUGAGUAUUACAGGGAGCUUGUCGCAUUUGAGAAAGAUCUUCCACUCAAGAUUGUCGAGGUUCUCUGUCACGCCAUUGUAAACCUUCUCCCUGGGGGAGAGUCAGCACAAAUUCAGGAACAACAUAAGGUUUUGGCUUCAGUUCUGAUGUGCCUGCUGGAUUGGCUCAUGGUGAUACCAGUGUCAAAGCUGAUGUCUAAAACAAAUGAGGACGAGAAUGUCACUUUACUUGCAAGAAUAUUCCAGGUGUUGAAGAUGGCUGCAGCGAACAAGGGACCCAAAAAACGAACCAAACAACUCAACAUAUCUACCAUCAUCAGUGGCGACGGUAGACCAAUCAGACUGGGCCGACUGCAAGAGGAAAGCAGAUCAUCAAGCGCUGGGCCGAGCAGCCCAGUGGAUAGUCUGGCAGACACUGGUGGUGAUGUACAGGAAGAUGAUCCAAGUGGCCAAGAUAUGUUUGAUUUUCCUCCUAAGUCUGAUUCUGUGGAGCUUACAGCUAGAGCAGUAUUGAUGCAUAUGGUAAACCACAUGGGACAUUAUCCACUCGGUGCCGGUCCAUCCAGAGUGGACAGUUUAAUCAGCGAACAUGAAGAUAAUCAGAACGUAGACACUGAUGAGCUGUCAGCAAGUAUAUUCAACGCUCCUAAUGUACAGUUUUUCGUGCUAAACGACAGCGUUUUGAUAUCUUUGGUGGAGCUUCCUCUUGAGGACUCGGUAGCUCAGGAGGUUCCCGCGAGUACAGCAGCCACUCAAGUUCGUGUGAUCACGCGUGACAUGACGGGGAAAAACGUUUGGGACCACACCUUGUUACACGGAUCUUUUCAAGGGGAAAAUGAAGAUCGCCAGGCUAGCGUGAAAAUACCCGACUUAACUGAUGGUAUUCCAAUACAAGAAGAUGGAAGCCGGGAAAGAUUUGACAUUUCCUGUCAUCCGCUUUCUAAAUUCAAGAAGUGUUCGACUCCUGUUGCAGAAGAUAGACUUGAUGAUCUGUUAUGUGGCAUCGGGGUGUCCAGCCGGGAGUGUUUGUUGUACCCAGACCACGCACUGAACGAGCCUGGUCCGUGCCCUGAGAACGUAUGUAGUGAUAUGGAGUAUGACGUCAUAGACUCUGUGCUCGAGCAGGAUGCCAGUGUGAAGGAACGAGUCGAGAACGACGUAGAUGAUCCAAGUCUUUCGUCUCAGGCACCCAGUCCUCCUCCUUAUGGUAUUCCCGUGUCGCCUUUCCAGUUGUGCCGGUUUGUGGUCAGUCAAACUGGUAUGAUGACUUCCGAGAAAAGAGCGAAGAUUGAUCUUCUGAAAAAGACUGACCGUUUCUUGCGUGAGUUGAAGAACCUGGAUAACAGACGGUGUCGUGAGACGCAUAAAAUAGCAUUGGUGUACGUGGCACAAGGUCAGGAGGAUAAGACCUCCAUAAUGUCCAACAGUGUGGGAAGUCAGCAGUUUGAACACUUUGUAGCAGGUCUGGCUUGGGAGGUUGACUUGUCUAAGCACACGGGAUUUUUGGGUGGAUUGGAGAAGAAUCUUUCGACUGGCACAACAGCACCGUACUACUGCAACUCAACCACCGAAGUCAUGUUCCAUGUGUCUACCAGAAUGCCCCUGGCGACUGAUAACACUGGGUUUAACCGAAAGGUCAGACGACAAUUCUAUUAUCAGUGUGCAUGAGCGUAGCUUUGCUCGGCCAUCAAGUUUGUUAUAGUUAUCAAUAUUGAUUACACUUUUAUUUGAUGGCAAGUUGCGCAUACCAGCAUGAUAUUUAUCGCGUUGAACUUGCUCUUUCUCGAGAGGCCAUGAUUGGGUCACUUCUCGGGAAGACAUUAAGUCUCUUUACCCAAGUUACAGUCGACCGCCGGCCAGUUAGCCCAAUGGAUAGUGCGCUGGACUGUUGUGCGGGAGGUCGAGGGUUCGAGGCCCGGCCGGACCAACA